UUUUUUCUUUUUCCCAGAAAAACAACAAUACAAAUAUUGAACCAGCUCGGCAUCCCUCUCCCUCUGGCGUUUGUGAUCUAUCUAUGACUCGUUACUAUCACAUCACAUCAUCAUCUCAUCUAACAUAAAGAUAAAACUGGAGAGACUUCUCGGGUAGAUAGUUAAGAUAGUGAUUGAAUAAGGUUAUACAUUGUCACGGUGGAAAAUGGGGGAGCGCGGGAGAGGAGGAUGCUGUCCGCCGAUGGAUCUGAUGCGGUCGGAGCCUAUGCAACUCGUCCAACUCAUUCUCCCCGUUGAGUCAGCUCACCUCGCCGUUUCUUACCUCGGUGACCUCGGCCUUAUUCAAAUCAAAGACCUGAAUGCAGAAAAAAGCCCAUUCCAAAGAACAUAUGCCAUUCAGAUUAAAAGAUGUGGAGAAAUGUCACGGAAAUUAAGAUUUUUUCGGGACCAAAUGUCAAAGGCAGGGUUGGCACCCACAACAAGAUCUCUACCACAAGAUGUGCUCAAUUUAGAUGACCUUGAGGUUAAACUUGGAGACCUUGACGCUGAGUUAGUCGAAAUAAACGCAAAUGGUGAAAAGUUACAGCGUUCCUAUAAUGAACUAAUGGAAUACAAGCUUGUUCUGCAAAAGGCUGGAGAAUUUUUUAACUCUGCGCUGAGCAGUGCUGAGGCCCGUCAAAGAGAAUACGCAUCACAUCAAAGUGGUGAAGAGUCCUUGGAAACCCCACUGUUGUCAGAGCUGGAAACGGCAAACGAUUUAUCCAAGCACGUUAAGCUGGGAUUUAUUGCGGGACUUGUUACGAGAGAAAAGUCGAUGGCCUUUGAGAGGAUUUUAUUCCGAGCUACCAGGGGUAAUGUGUUUCUUAAGCAGGCUGUAGUUGAUGAGCCGGUCAUUGAUCCUGUAUCAGGAGAGAAGGUUGAAAAAAAUGUGUUUGUAGUCUUCUUCUCUGGAGAGAGGGCUAAAAACAAAAUCCUCAAAAUAUGUGAAGCUUUUGGAGCAAAUCGAUAUUCUUUCAGUGAGGACGUAUCGAAGAAAACUCAAAUGAUUACUGAGGUCUCUGGGAGACUCUCAGAGUUAAAGUCAACAAUAGAUGCAGGAGCAGUUCAUCGCGGGAACUUAUUACAAACUAUUGGAGAACAAUUUGAGCAGUGGAACCUUUUGGUGAGGAAGGAGAAAGCCAUUUACCACACUCUGAAUAUGCUCAGCAUAGAUGUAACAAAGAAAUGUCUUGUGGCAGAAGGGUGGAGUCCUGUUUUUGCAACAAAACAGAUUCAGGAGGCAUUGCAUAGAGCCACACAUGACUCCAAGUCUCAGGUUGACGCUAUUUUCCAAGUCUUGUAUACACGUGAGAUGCCGCCAACAUAUUUUCGGACAAACAAGUUCAAUUCAGCUUUCCAAGAGAUUGUUGAUGCUUAUGGAGUGGCCAAGUAUCAGGAAGCAAAUCCUGGUGUAUUCACUAUUGUCACAUUCCCAUUCCUUUUCGCUGUCAUGUUUGGAGACUGGGGACAUGGCAUAUGCCUUCUACUUGCCACAUUAUACUUUAUUGUCAGAGAAAAAAAACUCUCUAGUCAGAAACUUGGAGACAUCAUGGAAAUGACAUUUGGUGGGCGUUAUGUAAUCAUGUUGAUGGCAAUAUUUUCAAUUUACACGGGGUUUAUCUAUAAUGAGUUUUUCUCGGUGCCAUUUGAAUUAUUUGCUUCUUCAGCAUAUGCAUGUCGUGAUCCAUCUUGCAGGGAUUCUACUACUGUGGGCUUGAUCAAGGUCCGAGACACUUACCCAUUUGGAGUGGAUCCUGCAUGGCAUGGGACACGUAGUGAGCUGCCAUUCCUUAAUUCACUAAAAAUGAAAAUGUCAAUCCUACUUGGAGUUGCCCAAAUGAACCUGGGAAUAAUAAUGAGCUUUUUUAAUGCUCUAUUCUUCAAAAAUAGCCUAAAUGUAUGGUUCCAAUUUAUUCCCCAGAUUAUAUUCUUGAACAGUCUGUUUGGAUACCUUUCUGUCCUUAUCAUCAUUAAAUGGUGCACCGGAUCCCAAGCUGACCUUUAUCAUGUGAUGAUCUACAUGUUUCUGAGUCCUACUGAUGAGCUUGGUGAGAACCAGCUUUUCCCUGGUCAGAAGACAGCUCAGCUUGUGCUGUUACUUUUGGCUCUUGUCUCUGUCCCAUGGAUGCUGCUUCCGAAGCCUUUCCUUUUGAAGCUGCAACACAGUAGGCAGCAGGGGGAUUCAUAUGCACCCCUUCCAGAUGCAGAAGAGUCUUUGCGAUCAGCAGCAAAUCACGAUUCCCAUAGUCACGAGGAGUUUGAGUUCAGUGAAGUGUUUGUACAUCAGCUCAUACAUACAAUAGAAUUUGUGCUUGGGGCAGUUUCAAAUACAGCUUCUUAUCUUCGUUUAUGGGCUCUCAGCCUUGCCCACUCUGAGCUGUCAGUUGUGUUCUAUGAGAAGGUUCUUCUUCUGGCAUGGGGGUACAAUAAUGUAGUUAUCCUUAUUGUUGGCAUCAUCGUCUUCAUUUGUGCAACCGUUGGAGUAUUGUUAGUGAUGGAAACACUCAGCGCCUUCUUGCAUGCGUUAAGACUUCACUGGGUGGAAUUUCAAAAUAAGUUUUACGAGGGAGAUGGAUACAAGUUUUAUCCAUUCUCAUUGGCUUUGCUCGACCAUGAAGAAGAAUGAUACUCUGGUGACUAAACUAUGAGCUAAAUAAAGAUUUUUUUGUGAAUGCGCACAACAUGGGCGUCUCUUGAUUCUUUAAUUUGGACACCAUGCGUACGGAUUGUAUUGUUUAAUUUAUAUUGGUAAUGAAGCUUUAGGCAUCCGGUCUCUCUUCUCUGUCUCUCCUGUUGUAUCAUUUUCUCACUGAGAAUUGAAGGCAGAGGAUAAUAAGCAGGUAUAUUUGAGUACUGCAUCUAUGAACAACAGUUACGCCCAACAGGCGCAUUAUGUAAUUUAUUCCCCUACUUAUUUUCGUGAUGCAACUUGACAUGGAUUUAGCACUCCGUGAAUAUAAAGAAAAUUGAUAUUUCCCGUCUUA